AUGUGGAAUCCGUGGCGCGAGAAUUUGAAGGACACUCCAAGGGAGGUCCUUAAUUGGAGACUUUGGUUUGGAGUCUUCGUAUUCGGCCUGAUGGGCGCUGCCCGUGGUAUUGACGAAGGCCUCAUCGGAACUACUGCUGAAUUGGAUCCAUUCAUUCGAAAGUUCGGCCUGGACGAUCCUCACAAGUCCAAACACCAGAAGGCUGAGCUCCUCUCCAACAUCACAUCCAUGGUCCAAAUGGGUUCCAUUCUAGGAGCCCUUAUCGCUUUCGUCCUUACUGACAAGAUUGGACGUCUAUGGGCCACACGGCAGUUAUGCCUAGUUUGGGUCGCUGGCAUCUCAAUAUUCCUCGCUUCCUCAGCUACAGGAAGCAUCGGUAUGAUCUACGCUGGCCGUUUUAUCGCCGGCGUGGGAAUUGGUCAGACCACGGUGGUUGCUCCUACCUAUCUGGCUGAGACUGCACCGAGGGCAAUCAGAGGUCUUUGUGUGUGCGCAUUCGCUGGCGCCGUCUACAUCGGAAUCAUGCUGGCCUACUUUGCGUCAUGGGGAUCAUCCAUCCACAUCUCCUCUAAGACUGACACACAGUGGCUCGUUCCAAACAGCAUGCAUCUGAUGUUCGCUGGUAUCAUUUUCACCUUAUCUUUCUUCGCCCGCGAGUCACCGCGAUGGCUCAUCAAGGUCGGACGCCAUGAGGAGGCAGCUAAGAAUCUCUCUCUUCUCCGCCAACUCCCUGAAGACCACCCGUAUGUCGCAAGUGAAAUCAUCGAUAUCAAUGCACAACUUGAUCGGGAACGUGAGGCCACCAUGGGCACGUCCUGGCUUGGUCCAGUCCGCGAACUCUUCGCUACCAAGGCCAACAUCUACAGAAUACAAUUGAGCAUCAUGAGCCAGCUUUUGAGCCAGUGGUCGGGAGCGAACUCAAUUACAAUUUACGCCCCGCAAUAUUUUGAAAUGAUGGGAACAACCGGCCAAAGAGAGAAGCUUUUUGCUACAGCGAUUUUCGGACUUGUGAAGUUCAUUUCUUCCAUUCUUUGCGCCUUUGUUCUUAUCGAUUGGAUUGGCCGCAAGCGCGCACUAACCUCCGGGAUUACGCUUCAACUCUUCUCUAUGCUCUACAUGGCAAUCUUCCUUUUCAUUGACCACAACGUCAAGGACACCGAAGAGCAAUCGCCAAGCCAAAAGCGCGCCGCAAUGGGUGCUAUUGUGAUGAUAUACUUCUCGGGUUUCGGUUGGGCUCUAGGAUGGAACUCAAUCCAAUAUCUCUUGAAUUCAGAAAUCUACCCACUCAGACUGCGUGCGUUGGGAGGCAGUGUUGCAAUGACUUUCCAUUUCGUCAACCAAUACGGCAAUUCCAAGGCUGUACCUCUUAUGUUCCUCGGAAUGACCCAUGGAGGCACUAUGCUUUUCUUCAGUGCCGUGACUGCGAUCGGCCUUGGUUGGGUGUGGUUCUUCCUCCCAGAAACCACCGGCAAGUCUCUCGAGGCUAUGGACGAGAUGUUCAACCUGCCUUGGCAUCUUAUUGGAAGGAAGGGAGCGGCAUUGACCAAGGGACACGGUGGCGUUGCAGACGCAAUUGAUGCUGGUCAUGAGAAGGCUGUGGCCGCACAGCUCGAAGAUGCGCAGGCUUCUACUACUGUCCACCCCAACCAGAAGGUUUAA